AUGGGCCUGUUUUCAAGAAGAGACAAGGCGCCGAAGGCGGCCGCCGACGAUCAGCCAGCGCUGGCCAGCUCCCAGUCUAAAACCUCCCUCACCUCGGCUUCCUCGAGCAUUGUCACCCCGAUCAACACCAGCUCCCGCAUCAUCAACCGCACAUCAGCUGGAACGACGAGCACCGCCGGCCCAGGAACCCCUUUGACCCCUUUUUCCCCAACAGGCAUGAAUCCCACACUUCCCAAAGUCGACAUGCCGAGACCACCAGACCCCCAGCUCGACCCUGCCGGGUAUCUUCGCAGCUUAAGCGCUGUGCGGGAGCGUUGCCAAAUCUUGUGGUCCAAGGCCUUGAAGAACGACCUGCGACACUUUGAUGUCGACAUGCGCAAGUUUCCCGAUGUGGUCUCUUUUGUAGCCAACAUCAUCAAGAGAGAUUACGAUGCCCCUUUUACCACUAUCCCACCACAUGGCCGAUACCAGCAUUUUGGCGUUGGUGGCCGUGACAGAAUUGCCCAUCUUUUGGCGACUUGGCCCGAGGAUAUGGUGGACAACACGGAGAAAUGCAAACGCAUGAUUGACCUUUUCCUCGUGAGCGUUCUGCUUGAUGCAGGCGCUGGAACCAAGUGGAGCUACAAGAGCGUCGAGAAUGGCCGGGUAUACAGACGAUCAGAGGGCAUUGCUGUGGCGACCUUGGACAUGUUCAAGACGGGCCUGUUCUCUGGCAGCCCAGCAAACAAGUACCAAGUGGAUAAGGAGGGCCUCCGACAACUGACCGUCGAGAAGCUGGCUCAGGGACUUCAGUCGACGCCGGGCAACGAGAUGGCUGGUCUUGAGGGCAGAGCCCAACUCCUCAUUCGCCUGAGUGAGGCUCUUAACAACACGGAGUACUUUGGCGAGGAUGGCCGGCCAGGCAACAUGCUUGAUCACAUCCUCUCGCACCCGUCAACACAAGCAUCUAGCGUGAUCAUUGUGCCUCUUACGGUGCUCUGGAACGUCUUGAUUGAUGGUUUGGCGCCAAUUUGGCCGCCAUCACGGACGGCUAUCAAUGGUGUUUCGCUCGGUGAUGCUUGGCCAUGCAGCUCUAUGCCCCAACCGGCCCAAUCUCCAACCAGCCCCACCUUUUCUCCUUUCCCCAACACCACGGGCCAGUCGAAUGGCAUUGCACCCUGGGAGAGCAUCCUACCCUUCCACAAGCUCACCCAAUGGCUUACGUACUCGCUCAUGCAACCCAUGCAGAGCAUUAUGAAGAUUCAGUUCGCUGGUCAGGAGCUCCUGACUGGGUUGCCAGAGUACCGAAACGGUGGGCUAUUUAUCGACAUGGGUGUUAUGACACUCAAGCCUGAGGACCAAGAGCGGGGUCUGCAACACUACGCCGAAUACUGCCAGCGCACAGGCACCAAGGCCGUCGAGGUUGCGCCCAUGUUUGAGCCUAGCGAUGAUGUUAUCGUCGAAUGGAGGGGUGCCACAGUGGGCUUCCUCGAUAUGCUGGCUUUGGAGGUUAACCGAGUCUUGAAGGCGGAGUUGGCUGGCGGGGAGUUGAGUCUCGCACAAGUUCUGGAAGCUGGCAGCUGGAAGGGUGGCCGGGAGAUUGCUGAAGUCAGCAGGCCAAACACCAAAGAGCCACCGAUCUUGAUUGACAGUGAUGGGACAGUAUUCUAG